AUGUCUGUGGUCACAUCCAGCCUGUCUAAAGAUCAGCAAAAGAAGCUGCGCUCUCUCUUCGGUUACAUCAAAUUCCACCUGCUCUACAAAGCCAGCGUUCACGGCUUCACUGCUGCUGCUUUCCACAGCCGCUGUGACAAACAGGGGCCCACUGUCAUUGUUGCCUACAAUGCUGCUGGGUUUGUUUUUGGAGCUUACACCUCUAAGGACUACACCCAGAGCGAACAGGCCAUCAGUGAUGAGCAGGCUUUCCUCUACAGCAUCAGUGCAGAGGGAAACAAGCUGCUGAGGGUGGCGGGUAUCAGCGGACAGUGUGCUUUCACAGAUGGAGGCACGGGUCCGAAUUUUGGUGCUUUGAUGUUCCUGCAUGAGGACAGACCUGAGUUCCUGUCCAACCCAGGGACAAACUUCAACUUUCAAGCAGCAGCAAUGCAUGGAGAGGACUUAACACUGACUGAGUUUGAAGUGUAUCGAGUUGAAGGUUUGGGAGAUGUCCUGGCUAAACCCUGGAGGAACAUCGAGUGGACUGCUGAGAGAAAGCAGCAGUUGAUGAAGGCCAUCCAGACCUAUAAGCCUGACAUCAAAACAAUUCAUGAAGUCCGGGUGUUGUUGGUGGGUCCAGUUGGGGCUGGCAAGUCCAGCUUCUUCAACUCCAUCAAUUCAGCAUUUCGAGGCAACAUCACGUCCCAGGCCAUCGCUGGAACAGCAGGGACGAGUGUGACCACUCAGUUUCGCACCUACACCAUCAAGGUUGGCAAAGGUGGUGGAGCUGUUCCUCUGAUCCUGUGUGACACAAUGGGGCUGGAGGAAAACACUGGUGCUGGUUUGGACAUUGAGGACUUAGUCAGCAUCUACAGGGGUCAUGUCAAGGAUCGCUACCAGUUUAGUCCCUCUGCUCCUCUCCUGGAGAAUGCUCCUGGCUACAAGAAGCAUGUGACCCUGAAUGACAUGAUUCACUGCGUGGCUUACGUGUUCGACACCUGCAAGGUGUCUCUCCUUACCCCGAAAAUGUUGGACAAGUUUGCUGCCAUCCGGAAAAAGACCAAUCAACGGGGCAUUCCUCAGAUACUUCUGAUGACCAAAGUAGAUGAGGCCUGUCCACUAGUGGCAGAGGACUUGAAAAAUGUUUAUCGCAGCGCUUACAUUCAGACGAAGGCUCGGGAGCUGAGUGAGUCUCUGGGCAUUCCGUUGUCCUGUGUGCUGCCAGUGCAGAACUACAGUGAGGAGCUGAACCUGGACCAGGACACUGACAUCUUGCUCUUUACUGCUGUGGAGCAGAUGCUGAACUAUGCAGACAGUUUCUUUGAGAACCAGGAUGUUGAGGAUCACGAGGUGCACGAUCACCUGGAUCUCUACAGAUCCAACGAUCACCAACAUCCUGUUUUAUCGGAACGUACUGAGCAUAAUGUAGUUUGAAAGACAGAAU